CUAUUUCUGCAGCUGACCGAGGAUUUUGUUCUACAAUUGCAAUUACUGAUCAAAGCUUUGCAGCUGACAUUACAUUCUCUAUUCACCUAAAUUGCACCGUUUCGUGGAAACAACAAGAUAACAAAAACAAAACGAGUUCCUUCGUGGGCAGCACUGUGUCGUGCCAUGACCGCUGGAUAUUCCAACCUAUGUCUCGGACGCUUGGAAAGGUGCAAGAUGCAUUUUGAUAUAAAAACCCUUCGAUACCUUCGAAAUCGUAUCACAACCACUUCAUUCGUCUAGCAAGAACAUAGCAGCGGCCUAACCGUAGUUAGUACUAAAUACCUAAAAUGGCAUUCAAAUUCGCACUCUUUGCCGCCAUCGUGGCCGUCGCUAGCGCCGUUGCCAUCCACCCAGCUCCAUUGGGUGCUUACCACGCACCUUUGGGUGCCUACCACGCACCUCUGGGAGCUUACCAUGCUCCUCUGGGAGCUUACCCGGCUGUGGCCAAGGUCGCCGCUCCUCUUGCCUACCCUGCCGUCGCUAAGGUCGCUGCUCCGUUGGCUGACUACGACCCCAACCCUCAGUACAGCUACAGCUAUGCCGUUGCCGAUGCCGUAACCGGAGACAACAAGAGCCAGCAGGAAUCUCGCUCGGGAGAUGUUGUGACCGGAUCGUACUCUCUCGUUGAACCCGAUGGUACCCGUCGUAUUGUUGAGUACAAUGCUGAUCCCGUCAACGGAUUCAACGCCGUCGUCCACCGUGAGCCUCUGGCCGUCAAGGCUGUUGCCCCGAUUGCCAAGUAUGCUGCUCCGCUGGCUUACCCCGCCGUCGCUAAGGUUGCUGCCCCGUACGCUCCCUACGGAUACCCAGGCUAUGGCAAGGCCAUCCUUGGUUAAGCUCACCACUUCAUCCCUAGACGCGACAUGGAUUCUUUCUCCAGUACCUAAUGCUCAUCCUUCAUCAUGAAGUCAUAAGCGAACAUCACCUUUAAUUUAUUUCUCAUUCCUUCAUUUCUA